CCGAGCCGGGGCUCCUCCUCUUCUUCCUUCUUGCAGCACACGAAGAGCUCGGCUCCCUCGGUCCCUCCCCGCGGCGCAUUCUCCCGUACAAAGCCUUCUCUCUCUCCACGCCGCUCGCCGCGUUGUACCGACAGAGCCCGAGAGAGAGACAGAGCAGCAGCAGCGCGGAGAGGACCCGAAGAUCUCUUCCUCCAGCCAGCGCGCCAUGGCGAGGUUCGACCCGUACGAGAACAACGGCGGCACGUGCGUGGCCGUCGCGGGGGCCGACUACUGCGUCGUCGCCGCCGACACCCGCCUCUCCGUCGGAUACAGCAUCCUCUCCCGCGCCCACUCCAAGAUCGCCCACCUGGCGGACAAAUGUGUUUUGGCCUCAUCUGGGUUUCAGGGUGAUAUCAAAGCUUUGCAGAAGAACCUGACUGCGAAGGAAUUGGUAUAUGAACACAACCAUAACAAGAAGAUGAGCUGCCCUGCCAUGGCACAAUUACUGUCAAACACGCUCUACUAUAAGAGAUUCUUCCCAUACUAUGCUUUCAAUGUGUUGGGUGGACUGGAUAGCGAAGGUAAAGGCUGUGUCUUCACAUAUGAUGCUGUUGGUUCAUAUGAGCGGACCGGUUAUAGUGCUCAGGGAACAGGCGCAACAUUGAUGAUGCCUGUUCUAGACAACCAGUUGAAAUCUCCUAGUCCUCUUCUACUGCCAGCUAGGGAUGCAGUGACGCCCCUGUCUGAAUCGGAGGCUGUUGAUCUGGUGAAGGACGUUUUUGCAUCAGCCACAGAAAGAGAUAUAUACACUGGAGAUAGUGUGGAAAUUGUAGUCAUCAACAGCUCCGGCACCCAUAGGGAGUGCAUUGAGCUGAGGAAGGAUUAGUUUGGGAUACCUGUGAAACAUUACCGUGGAACAUCACUUGUUACAACAGGUCCCUACCACAAGCAAAAUGAUUUUACAUUUUCUGUUGUGUCAGGUGUAUUUUUCUUCCUGUUUGUUUGUUCACUAUUGCAAGAUUGGCUAUACACACAUUGUAUUUAUCAUAGUCUGCUAUACCCAGUACUUAUUUGGAUUACUUA